AUGUCGUGUUCAAUGAGAUUCGAGAUCGGUUGGAUAGGCAUGAGGAUCGGCUCGAACAACUUCAGCAAGAGCCAUUAUCUAGGCAUCGGAGACCCGACCAGCGAUCGACCACAUUUUGCUCCAAAUGUCCCAGAUGAUGACUAUGAUGAUGGGGUGAGCAAUGAAGUGGUCUCUAAUGCUACUUGGAGGAGGGCUAGGGCUAUCAGACCCGAAAGGCCAAGGCAUGUUCAAAGGCAACACCGAGAAAGGGAAGUCGCAUAUUGUAACAUGGGCACCAUCAAGCUGUCCAUUCCUCCAUUUCAAGGUAAAAAUGACCCUGAUGUUUAUAUUGAAUGGGAGAGGAAAAUUGAGCUGGUAUUCGAUUGUCACAAUUCCUCGAAGGAGAAGAAAGUAAAGCUUGCUGCGGUGGCUUUUACCGACUAUGCCAUUAUAUGGUGGGAUCAGCUGACCCUGAGUAGACGUCGAAACCAUGAGCUUCCCAUCGAUAAUUGGGAGGAUAUGAAAGCCGUUAUGAGAAGAAGGUUUGUUCCGUCUCACUAUUAUCGGGACUUACAUUUGAAAUUGCAAAGUCUGAAGCAGGGGUCCUUGACUGUGGAAGACUACCACAAGGAGAUGGAGAUAGCCUUGAUUCGGGCUAACAUUGAGGAGGACCGAGAGGCGACCAUGGCUCGGUUCAUUUGUGGCCUGAACCGUGAGAUUGCCAAUAUUGUUGUGCUGCAUCACUACGUGGAGCUUGACGAUGUGGUACACAUGACAAUGAAAGUUGAAAGACAACUCAAGAAAGGAGUGCGAUCAUCUUCCAAGUAUGAGGUUGCGAGUUCAUCCCCUUGGAAGAAGAAGUGGGGAUCAUCAAAACCAACUGAGAAAGCAGUUUCAAAAUCAAAGGGAGAGACGAAUGUGGCCAAGACACAACCUAGCAACAAAGAUAGGGGAUCAGGUCAUAUUGCUUCUCAAUGCCCAAACAAGCGAUCAAUGAUCAUAUUGGAUAAUGGGGAGAUCGAAACUAAAGAGGAAGAUGAAGGAAAUGAGUCCACUCCAUCAGUUGAAGAUACUAGUGAUGUUGAGCUUGAUGUUGAUGGCCAAGCUCUUGUUGUGCUAAGAGCUCUCCAUAUGCAAGCCAAAGAAGAUGAUGACGGGCUACAAAGGGAGAACAUCUUCUACACCCGCUGCCAUGUGAAAGAUCGGGUAUGCGGUUUGAUUAUUGAUGGUGGCAGCUGUGUUAAUGUGGCAAGCAAGUUAAUGGUGGACAAGCUUGGUCUACCUACCUUAAAGCAUUCAAAGCCAUAUAAACUCCAAUGGCUCAAUGACAGUGGAGAAAUGAAGUAUUUUAAGGAUGUCUUUUCCGAGGAUACGCCACCUGGGUUACCACCCAAAAGAGGAAUCGAGCAUCAAAUUGAUCUCAUUCCGGGAGCUUCCAUUCCAAACCGACCAGCUUAUCGAAGUAGUCCAGAAGAGACCAAAGAGCUUCAGAGCUUUGAGAUAGGGUUGUUUUCCUUGGAAUUGUUGUUAGUUCCAGAUCACAUGGAAGUUGAUGAGGAGAAGGUGAAAGCUAUCAGGGAAUGGCCUACCCCUAGCACCAUCACUGAAGUAAGGAGUUUUCAUGGUUUAGCCGGGUUCUAUAGGAGGUGA